UUCCUUUCCCCCUUCCCUCCCCGUCUCGCUCUCGCACCCGCCGAUUCCAUCGAAGAGAAGCAAAGCGGAGGAGAGCGGAAAGGAGGCGCUGCUCGCCUCGCGCAUCGCCGCCAGCCGUCGCCUGCCCCGCCCUGCCGCCGGAGAAGCCGUUCCGUUCGCCCUACGAGCCUCGAGAGCUCCUCGCUGCUUCCCUCGCCCCUAUCUCUCCGGGUGUGCCCAAAGGUUUGCUCGAAUUUGGCCGUGUCUCGAUCUCGUGGCUGUCGUCGCAGAAGUCGGAAGUGGGCAACAGAAGAAAUUUCAAUGGCUUCAACCAGAAAAUUGAGAAAUGUGAACAGGAACUUUGCUAAGGAUUUCGAAGAGUGGCCUGAGAAGGAUGAGACACAUCCAAAGCAAAGCCGGCAACGAAAAAGGAAGUUGUCUGAUAUGCUAGGUUCUCGAUGGAGCAAGGAUGAACUUGAACAUUUCUAUGAAAAUUACCGUAAGUAUGGGAAAGAUUGGAAAAAGGUUGCUGGUAGCUUACGUAACAGAACAUCAGAUAUGUCAGAAGCUCUUUACAACAUGAACAAAGCAUAUUUAUCCCUUCCAGAAGGAACAGCGACUGCAGCUGGAUUGACUGCAAUGAUGAUUGAUCACUACAAUAAUCUGUUUGUUGGCCUCUGUGAUCUAAAGCCAAUAACCAUCAAUAAACAGGAAGGAAACAAUAGUGAUCAAGAAAGAAAUGAUGUAGCAAGAACAUCUCAAAAGCCUCAGAAGCGUGGCCGGGGGAAAUUUCGGCUUAACUCCAAAGGUUCUGAUGGGUACUCUCCUGAUAGGUUGCAAAAUCAAUCAGUGUCAUCAAGAUAUGGAUGCCUAUCUUUGUUGAAGAAGAAGCGUUCUGGAGAUCUAUUUUCUGGCAAUCAGCCUCGAGCUGUUGGAAAAAGGACUCCUCGUGUUCCUGUUUCAAAUCUGUAUCUCAAAGAUGACAAGGAAAGACCAACAUAUAUGAGUAAACAGUCUUCGAUGGCAGAAGUCGAUUCUAUUGAUGAUGAAGGUGCUCAUGUUGCAGCUAUAGCUUUGACAGAGGUUUUGCGAGGAGGUGGCUAUGGCUCUCCACAAGUGUCUCUAACACCUGGAAGGAGGGUCAACCAUUCAAAUUCUUCUACAAUUAAAAGUACUGAACAAAAGAGUGCUGAAAUGGAGAAAGACAGGUCCAAAUUAAUCAGUGUUCAAAUGGACGGUGAAUGUCAUGAAGCUAGUUUAGGUAGUAGGGAAGCUGAGAAUUUAUAUUUUAAUAGAGACGGCAAUGAAGGUGAAGGAACUGUUGGAGCUCCAAAAAGGUUGAAGAAACAUCAAGGAAAAAGAUCAAGGAACCUAGAUAUGGAAAUCUUUCAAAUUGAUGAUGAUAGGGAGGCAUGCAGUGGUACCGAGGAAGGAUCAAGUGUCAAGAAAAUAAAAAAUGAACAAGACAUGGAGAUUAGAGACAGUAAACCCACUAGUGGAUCAUCAAAGAAAAGAAGCCGACAACUCUUUUUUGGAGAUGAGAACACUGCCCUGGAUGCUUUGCAGACACUAGCAGAUUUGUCUGUUAACAUUUUGCUGCCAUCGUCUGCUGUUCAAGCUGAAUCAUCUGCCAAGGUUCAAGAAGAACAAAAAAAUAUGGAUAUGGAUGAGAAGCCUAAUAUAUCUGAAUUGUUACCCUUAAAUUACCAUAGAGAUAAGGCUAAAGUUUCAGGGAAAAGGGAGCGACGGAAUCCUUCAAGUGUUGGUUCUGACAUGCCUUCCAGGAAAAGCUCUAAAUCUUCAAAGAGCUCACAGCCUGAUGCAAAAGCUAUUGCUGACAUGAAUCUUCAAGCCCAACAAUGCAUUGGUUUAACAGAGAAAAGAAAACCAAAAAUGUUUGCUUCAAAAAUUCCAUGUCUUGAUUUCUUAAAUGACCCUCAGAAAAGUGAAUCACAGAGGAUGGAGGUUUCUGCUGAAGAAGGAAAAAGAUUCAUCGUAAAGGGUAAACGAGUAAGUCAAGUUGUUCCAGUGGUUAGGCAAGACAAGUUUGUUAAACCAUCAGAGAACUCUUCUCCGGUUGAUGCUGGAAGAACUGCUAUUCACUUAAGUGAAACAGUGGCUCAUGCUGCCACUGAAAACCAAGGUAAAUUGCUUAAGACACAGAGAAAUCGUCGCAAGAUAAGCCUGGUAAAAGCAUUGGCCUGGAAGGAUUUUAAACCAAAUGGUGUGGCCGAUCAUCCUGAUAAACUCUCUCAUGCCACCAGCAGCACUUUUGAGCUUAAGGGAAAACUUUCUCAUUGUCUGUCAUCUAAAAUUCUGCGGAGAUGGUGUAUGUUUGAGUGGUUUUACAGUGCUAUUGAUUAUCCAUGGUUUGCCAAAAGUGAGUUUGUGGAGUAUUUGAAUCAUGUGAGGUUAGGACACAUACCUAGAUUAACUCGUGUGGAGUGGGGUGUCAUACGAAGUUCUCUUGGAAAACCACGGCGAUUCUCUGAACAAUUUUUGAAGGAAGAAAGAGAGAAGCUUGAGCAGUAUAGAGAAUCAGUUAGGGCACACUAUACUGAUCUUCGAGCUGGUCUUAGAGAAGGUCUUCCUCCAGACCUAGCUCGCCCUUUAUCAGUAGGUCAACGGGUCGUUGCUUGUCACCCUAAAACACGAGAAUUUCAUGAUGGAAGUGUUUUGACCGCUGACCAGAGUAGAUGCAGGAUUCAAUUUGAUCGUCCUGAGUUAGGCGUUGAAUUUGUUAUGGAUAUUGACUGCAUGCCACUGAAUCCCUUUGUAAACAUUCCUGAAGCAUUGAGAAGGAAUAUUGGUCUCAGCAGACAUAGCAAUAGUUUGAAGGAUCUAAAACUAGACGAUUGUACCAAGGAUUGGCGAACUGGAAGUUCUAUGAGACUUAAUCCUAAUGAGAGUUUUGACAUUGGUGGUGGGAGCUCCCCUACUUCUGCUACUAGUUAUCAAAUGAAUACACUAAUGAAACAGGCCAAGGGGGACACAUUAGAUGCCAUUGUGCAAGCUAAAGCUACUGUAAAUCAAGUUGCUGUUGCAGCACAGCAGGCCAUGUAUCAUCAACCCUGUUCUCUAUCACAAAUUCAGGAAAGAGAAGCUGAUAUAAGAGCUCUUGCUGAAUUAUCACGUGCUCUUGAUAAAAAGGAAGCUCUUUUGAAGGAAUUGAGGAAUAUGAACGAAGAAGUAUCUGAAAAGCAACAGGAUGGUGACACCAUAAAAGAUUUGGAGCAUUUCAGAAGGCAGUAUGCUAUGGUGCUUAUUCAGCUACGUGAUGCUAAUGAUCAGGUUGCUUCUGCUUUGCUCUCUUUAAGACAGCGUAAUACGUACCAUGGUAACUCAAUGCCUUCAUGGAAUAGGCCAAUGGAAAAUUCUGGAUCUGUUGGACUUCCAGAAACUUACAAUUCAUCUGCUAUUCUCAAUCAAGAAUUUGGAUCUCAUGUAGUGGAAAUUGUUGAAUCUUCAAAGCGAAAAGCAAGGACGAUGGUUGACGCAGCAGUCAAGGCAAUGUGCACACUUAAGGAAGGAGAAGAUGCCUUCAAUAAAAUUGGAAUGGCUUUAGAUUUAGCAAAUAAUUCUGUUUCUAGUAUGGGUGCUGUACAAGGGCCUCCUAAUUCUGGACAUAGCAACGCUGGCAAUCCAGAGCAUACAGGAAGGAUAUUUGACUUAGCAACAGUUAGUCCAAAGUCCAAUCAUUCAUCCGAUGCUGAUCCUCAAAUUCCUUCUGAGCUAAUAUCGUCAUGUGUAUCUACCCUGUUUAUGAUCCAGAUCUGUACAGAGAGACAGUACCCACCUGCCGAGAUUGCCCAGAUUCUCGAUUCUGCUCUUGCGAGUUUGCAACCGUGUUCUCCACACAACCUUCCGAUCUACAGGGAGAUCGAGACCUGCAUGGGUAUAAUUAAAAACCAAAUGUUGGCUUUGAUACCGACCCCAAGCACUAUCACACCGGAAAUUACUACAGCUUAGAAGUUGCUCACUUCUGUCUAUUUUCCCUGUGUAGCCAAGUGAACAAUUUUAGUUUCUUCAUGCUAUUCAUUUCCUUGUUGAUGCUUCUCAAGCACAAAUCUGCUUUACUCGAUAGGUUUAGCAGUGAAGUUGAUUCGUCAUUUACGAAUAUGCUUCAUAAACUUUUAACGUCUAAGCUAGCAAAUCAUUUACGAACAUCCUUUUUGUAAAUCUCUAUUGUGUUUUCCUGACUACUUUUUGUACCCUCCUACUUGGCUUUGUGAGUUUUAUGUGCUAUGAAAGCUUUUGUUCAAA